AUGUCGCACUGGUGCAGAGUGGUGCGCUCUUCCGGAUUCUUGGUAAGAACGGGAGGUGUCACGGUCAGCCAGGACACCGACAGAGCCAGCUGGAUUCCAGAGGAGACCAGCACGAUGGCCAACGGCUGGUUGAGCCUCUUGACCCAGGAACGAGCCUCCAGGUCGAAUUUGAAGCCCACCCAGAUCUGGAGCAGGUUGGCCAAAAUGCAGGAGAUACAGACACAGAAGGACAUCCCAAAGAGAGGGAGGCCGACACAAGAUGAGUCGGAAGGUAAAUACGAGGCAGAAACCGGAAAGGAGGGACACCAGCUCCAGGAAGCACAAGUAACCUCCAACCGCCUUCACAAUGGGCGUGGCUCGAAAGUGAAAGAAGACAACAGUAAACACUAUUGUGACGAUUAUGGCACAGACGGCCCAACAGCUCAGGAUGAUGGAGAAGGGAUCCCACCACUGGAGAAAAUGAACCCAAAGACCUGCCCAGCCCGCUGGAUGUUUUCUAACCUGAAGAUCCGGUCAGAGGUGGACCAUGUGUCACUUGCUAUCCAGGUCCUGUUGAGAUUCCGUUCGAUCGCUAACUCCAUGAUGACUUCCACAUUGGCGUCCUUUGUGAACAAGAUGAUGGCCUCCGCCACGGAUUUUUCCAGCUUGCUCUUCAGCUCUGGCAGCUUGCUAUUGGUGCGGCUCCAGAGCUGCUCGGAUGGCAUAGCUGACAUCUCCACAUGUGUCAUAGAUAUCAUAACCGAGGGUGAGGCCCGGCAGCACUCUCGUUUGGGGCAAAUGUGUCCGGAUUGGACCUCUUGGUCCCCACGCCUUUUGUGGCCGUGGACCAGCUUAUAUAAAUUGAGUUGUGAGUGGACCCCGGGAGGAGGAUCACAGAGAAACCACUUUUGCGCACCGGACAUGGUUCCCCCAUCAUGGGAGCUGGUGCUCUUCAUCGGCUUACUGGGAGCGGGCGCACGCGGGCAGGUGCACGCGGAGGGUCCUCUGCUCCCCCCGCGGGUCCCUGCGCGCGUCUACGAGCGCGCAGACGAUUUCGGAUCCAUCGAGCAGACGUCCGUGGAGGCGCACAGCGCAGAGAGUUUCAAAGACCACCAGCAGGACGAUUACAGCUUCGAGCGGCUGCAGGGCGCGCGAGCAGGUGCCAAAAAGCACCAAACGCACGAGGGACGGAGACGUUUGGGUGAAGCUGAUGGCACUACACCCAGUUUCCAUCGCUAUCAGCCCUCUCACCGCCAGCCGCCCCUCAGAGCCCGGCACUUCUCCCUCAGUCAGCAGGAGACGGCACCGUCUGAGUCCUGGCAGCCUGCUCGGGACUCCAGAGGUUCUCCGUCGUCCAUCAGAACCGGUGCAGCAGCAAGAUCCAAUUGCAGAAACAAACCCAUAGACCUGGUCUUCAUCAUAGACAGCUCCCGCAGCGUGCGUCCCGCUGAGUUCGAAAAGGCCAAGGAAUUCCUGCAGGACACGGUGGACAGCUUGGCGAUCGGGUCCGACGCCACUCGAGUCGGCCUGGUCAAUUACGCCAGCACGGUGCAGAUCGAGUUUCUGCUCAACACGUAUGUCGACAAGUCCUCCCUGAAGCAGGCCCUGUCUCGCGUCGAGCCGCUGGCCUCGGGCACCAUGACGGGCAUGGCCAUCAAGACCGCCAUGGAGAAGGCCUUCACCAAGGAGGCCGGGGCCCGAGCGGGCUCCAUGAACAUAGCCAAGGUGGCCAUCAUAGUGACCGACGGGAGGCCUCAGGACAAGGUGGAGGAGGUUUCAGCCGCAGCCCGGGCCUCCGGGAUCGAGAUCUACGCGGUGGGAGUGGACAGAGCCGACCUGGCCUCUCUCCGGCUCAUGGCCAGCCACCCCCACGACGACCAUGUCCUCUAUGUGGAAACCUACGGUGUCAUAGAGAAGCUCACGUCCAAAUUUAGAGAAACCUUGUGUGGUAAGGAUGAUGAUAAUGGGAGCGCAGAUAUUCCGGUAGAUGACCGCAUUGAUGAUAAGGGACUAGACCUAAAUGACAGGAAAAAUGGAAAUGGAACAGAUAAUGAACAUGACGAUACAGGAAACAAUGGUUUGGAUCCAUGUGCUCAGGGACACAAUUGCCAGCAUAUUUGUGUCAAUAGUGGGAACUCCUACAACUGCGCGUGUCGUCCAGGUUAUGUUCUGAACCCAGACGAGAAAACAUGCUCACGUUCGGUUUCUUGUGCCAGUGGGCACGGCUGCCAGCACAUUUGUAUCAACAGCGGCGACUCGCACAUCUGCAAGUGUCGCACGGGAUACAGGCUGAAUGCCGACCAGAAAUCAUGCUCACGUUCAGAUAUGUGUGCACAAGGACACGACUGCCAGCAUAUUUGUCUGAGCAAUGGCGACUCGUAUGUCUGCAAAUGUCGAGAGGGAUUUGUGUUGAACGCAGACCAGAAAACGUGCUCACGUUCUGAUCCAUGCGCCCAUGGACAUGAUUGCCAGCACAUUUGUGAAAACAAUGGUGACUCAUAUAUCUGCAAAUGCCAAGCGGGAUAUAUGUUAAAUUCAGACCAAAAGUCAUGCUCACGUUCUGAUCCAUGUGGAAAUGAGCAUGAUUGCCAACACAUUUGUGUAAACAGUGAUGGCUCGUUCAGCUGCAAAUGUCGAGACGGAUAUAUGUUGAAUCCAGAUAGGAAAACGUGCUCACGCUCAGAUGCAUGUGCUCAAGGACAUGACUGCCAGCACACGUGUGUGAACAGCGGGAACUCGUACGUCUGCAGGUGCCGGGUGGGAUACGUGCUGAACGUGGAUAAGAAAACGUGCUCACAGGAAUUGCGAAGUGAAAUAUCUGAAGAUGCCUGCAUGUGUGAAGCUCAGAUUGUAUUCCAGAAAAAAGUGCAGUCAAGCAUUCAGGAACUGAACAGAUCACUUGAAGAACUUUCAAACAAAGUGAGCUCAUUUGAAGUUGACCUUCUGCAAUAAUACCUCGGAUACCAUCCGAAUGUCAGUGUACUCAGCCAGAGGAAAUCGUCGUCUCUAAAUUUUUAAUUGAAAAUAUAUGUGGUAUUCAGUUUUUAUCAGUUUUACUGAUGGUAGCUGUGUUGCCCUUGUCAUGAACCUGUAUUUAGUGCUCAGUCUGCUCCUUCCUCAGCAUGACAUGUGUAAAUGUUUACACCUAAAUACAUAAAUGAAAGACCUUUUUUCCCCUCAUCAAGUUUAAGUAAUGACUUCAGAUUCCAAAUAGAUGUCAUGACUUUGGGAAACUUUUAGAACUAUUCAUUUUUCAACAGAAUUUCCUGUUUCAUGGUGAAUGUUUGCUUUCUUUGGAGUGUGUUGCUGUUGUAUUCCUCUCUUUUUGUGCACUCACAGCUCUGUAAACCCUUUUUACGUGCAGUUCCAUGAUACAAAGCUUCCUUUCAUCCCAAUAGCUCAGCACCUGAUCUCUUGUCCAAUAAGAGUGUUGUUUUCACGUCAUAUUGCAGAAUUAAACAAAAGGGCUUUGCCAGACAUUUAUCCAAACAGGCCUAUUACAUAACACUGAAAUGCUAGAAUCCUUGUCUCUGAUAUGAGAAUUUGUGUUUUAAAAAUGCCUUAAACAACUGCCAUUGGUGAUUACUGAUUAUUUUACCACAAGCAGGUAUUUUUUUCGAGGGAAGGAAACAAUUCAGAGGGUUUGAAUGCAACUUGGGAGUGACCUUUUUUGUUUUUUCCUGCAGCUGUCUGGCCAUAGCAUAUCUUUUUAAAAUAAAUGUAUACAUUUUUUUGCAAUAUUUCAAGAGGUCAGUAUUAUCUUUACACAACAGUUCUACGCUUGUACUGUCCUGAUUUAACACUGGUCUGUGUGUGCAACAAUAUGUGCAUAUGUUUUACUGCUUUUGAAUUAGAAGUAAACUUGUGUCUGUUUUCUGAAUGAAAAAUAGCUGUAUUUGUAAAAUAAACAUCAUGUAACAGUGG